AUGGGUGUAAUCACCGAACUCUCGAACAUGGUAAACGUCCGAGAAGACGGGCUCCGUCUCCUCAUCUCUAUCGUUCUUGGCUACCCGAUCUCCGCCUUCUACCGAUACUUUAUUUACAACUUGAAACCUCGCAGUCAACACAUCUUUUUCACAACGGUCGGUAUCUCGCUCCUCUACUUCAACUGCGGGUGGGCUAUUUGGCAUUUUUUGUUGAGCAUUGGAUUUGCAUAUGCGCUUACGAAUUUCAUCCCUGGGACGAAGACAAGUAUAGCGUUGGCCCAUAUAUUGUUUUUUGUAAGUUUGAAUUGAUUUUUGUAAUUUUAAUUUUGAUCUAAUAAUUUUUUAAGUCGAAAUUAAAAAUAUUCGAUGUUGUGUAAUAUAAUUUUUGAUGGAGUUUUGCUCUAAAUGGUUGAGAUAAAGGCUAGUAUGCUUUUUUAUGAGACUUAUGGCUCCUUUCAGGGUCAUCUCCUCCUGGGAUAUUGGUCGCACGCCACCGACCAGUAUGAUAUCACCUGGACCACCCCAUUCUGUAUUAUGGCCCUCCGUUUCAUCGCUCUCGUCAUGGACGUGUCUGAUGGACAAAUGCCAAGACACAGGAGGAAAGGAGACCAACUUGAACUGGCUAUUGAAGACCCUCCGACCCUCCUUGAGAUCGCUUCUUUCGGAAUGUUUUAUGGCGGAGCUUUGGUUGGGCCGCUCUUUUCAUUCAAUAGGUUCAGAAGAUUUGUGAAUGGAGAAUUCCUGGAAGACGGCGAAGUCAAGGAGUCCAGUCUGAUGGAAGCUUGUCGAAGAUUCGUCGCCGGUGUUACGUAUGCCGUCCUCCAUCAAUGGGGCACUCUCUGGAUCCCGGACAGCUUUUUCAACAGCCAGGAAUUCUUUGUAAGUAACCUUGAUUUGUAUUGAAUUUGGCUUUUAGGACCUCCCCUUCCACUGGAAAGUCAUCUGGAACACCAUCUGGUACCGCGCCACGAUGUAUCGCUACUGCAUGUGCUGGCUUCUUACUGUAGGUUCUGGAUGUUUUAUUUUUUCGUAUAAUUUUUAUGAAAGGAGGAUUAGAUAAACAUUGUUGUGUUUUUCAGGAAGGAUCGUGCAUCCUGGCUGGUCUGGCCUACAACGGAAAGAAUGAAAGGGGAGAGGAUCGGUGGGAUGGAGUCCGCAAUGUACACAUCAUUAAAUGGGAAUUGGGCAGCGACUUCCAAUCUUGCAUUGAUUCGUUCAACUGCGGAACCAACGAUUUCGCCAAGAAGUGAGUUUUGAUUACAAAUGUGGAGGAAAUUUUGAACAGUCUAAUGAUUCGGGAGCUUUUUCUAUACGACACUUGAUCGGUCGUGGGUAAUGUCGAAAAUGUCCGAUUGUUUUGACACAAUGUUUUUUUUAGGUAUUGGAGGUUCUCUGUAUGAUGUGUUUGAUUGAGUUUUAUAAUUUUUUAUUUUUUAAUAUUUUUUUAGCUACCUGUUCAAACGACUUCGAUGGAUGGGAAACAAAUUCUACAGUCAAGCCGUCACCCUUUUCUACCUGGCUGUAUGGCACGGAUAUCACUUGGGAUACUUUAUUCUUUUCGCGUUUGAAAUGGCGUGUAUGUUUGUACAAGGACAGGUAAGAUAUUGGAUAUUACACUUGAAAUUAAAAUUUUUUUUGAUAUUGUGUUUGCCAAUAUAAUUUUCAACUUUUUAGCUCUAUGAAAUCUUGAGGAGGCUACCAGACGUCCAAGCGUUCUUGAAUCGGCCGUAUGUCUGGCCAUUCUGCUGGUUAUUCGGCCGAAUUACCAUCAACACAUCAAUGGCCUUUGCAUUUUUAACAUUUGGAUUGGUCAAAAAGGAGGUCUGGAUUAGGGUAAGUGGUUUAAAAUAUGUAUAAGGGCUUAUCUUUUACAUUUUUAUGUAAUUAGCAGGUUCAAUUACUUUUUUUCGCAAGGAAUUUGUCAUUUUUUUGCCUAGUACAACAUGUUGAUGUAUAAUGUAAAAUAAUUCCAGCCCAUCCUCUCAAUGUACUUGUAUUGGUAUAUCCUCAUGUUUGUCGUAUGCCCUGUCAUCUUCACCAUCGCCCUCAAAGCGAUCAAAAAGCCGAAGACCCACAAAUCGGAGCAGUCAAAUGGAACGAACGGGACCUCUCAGAUUUCCAAAAAAACAGAGUAA